UCGCUAAGGCAACUCAACACAAACACGCACCAAAAUGGAUCCCUUAUACCUAGCCUUAAGUUUAUUUCGGCGUCGAAAAUUCGACAAAUGUGCCGAAGUGUGCAGCGAAAUUUUGGAAAGCCAGCCCUUGGACCAAGCGGCCUGGUGCCUGAAAAUGCGGGCUCUGACCCAGAGGGUGUACGUGGACGACAUCGAGAGCGAGGACUUGUACGAAGGCGACUUCCUGGACGACAACGCCGUCGCGACAGCCCCGCGCCCAGGGACCUCCAUCAAAACCGCAGCCCCGACCACCUCAGUCAGGCCCAACACCUCCACCGGGCGCCCCAUCUCGGGGGUGGCCCGCCCCGGGACCCAGCUGCGGCCUGGCUCGGCCCUGGACCGCCUCAAGACCGCCCGGCCCGCCAGCCAGUCCGCCAGGGCCAUCCGGCUGGGCACCGCGGCCAUGUACAGCCAGAAAGAGGGCCCUUUUAUCCAAGUUUCCCGCCUGAACAUCGCCAAAUAUGCGAAAAACUCGGGCUUGUCCAAGCCCCUGUUCGAGUACCUUUUCUACCACGAGGGCGAUGUGAGAAAUGCGAUGGAGUUGGCGGUCCAAGCGACCCAGUUCUGCAGAUUUGAGGACUGGUGGUGGAAGGUGCAGCUGGGCAAGUGCUACAUUGCCCUCAAUUUGAUCAGGGAUGCGGAACAACAAAUGAGAAGUGCCUUGAAACAGCACCAUCACGUUGAGAGUUUUAUUAGACUGACUAGGAUUUAUCUGAGAUUGGACCAACCUCUCUCCGCUGUGGAAAUAUGCAAAGCCGGGCUUGAGAUUUUUCCCAAUGAUGUUUCGAUAAUGACCGAACUGGCAAGGCUUUAUGAAAAUUUGAACGAAACGGCGCCUUCGGUCAAGUUUUACAGAAGUGUGGUCAUUGAAGAUGCCAUGAACACCGAAGCUAUUGCCUGUAUCGGGAUGUAUCACUUCUAUAACAACCAGCCGGAGAUGGCCUUACGCUACUACAGGCGCGUUUUGGCCAUGGGUGCGCAUUCGGCCGAGCUGUACAACAACCUAGGCUUGUGCUGCCUAUACUCCCAGCAGCUCGACUUGACCACCUCGCUGUUCCAGCGCGCGCUUGAUUUGGCAAUAGAUCCCCUAAUCAAGGCUGAGGUUUGGUACAAUUUGUCACAUUUGGCUCUCUCAGCCGGUGAUUUAGAGCUGGCUGUGCAAUGUUUGAAUUUAUGUCUAUCCUCGGAUUCAACACACGCAUCGGCGUUCAACAAUUUAGCUGUUUUACAUCACAAGAUGGGGCGAAUAAAUCUUGCUAAAGCAUAUUUCACGUCGGCUGCAGCUUUGGAUCCGAAUUUGUACGAACCGAAAACUAAUUUGGAAUUUUUACAAAGUGUCUAAUGUUGUUUUAUAAUAAAUACAGUUUGUGACAUGCUUAUUGUA